AUGGCACCAUUCGAGGCAUUAUAUGGCAGAGCAUGUAGAUCUCCUACUUUAUGGGACGAGGUUGGAGAAUCGUCAGUCUUGGGACCUCAGUGUAUUCAGCGAGAUGCAGAGUUGGUUGGCACCAUCAGACGCAGAAUGACAGAAGCCCAGGACCGACAGAAAAGCUACGCGGAUCGGAGACGGAGACCUUUGGAGUUCUCUGUGGAUGAUCACGUGUUCCUGCGAGUGUCUCCUACCAAGGGAAUACUUGAGCGGAUCGGGGAGGUAGCAUAUCGACUGGCGCUGCCGCCUUCACUUGCUGGGGUGCAUGAUGUAUUUCACGUGUCUAUGUUGAGGAAAUAUGUGCCACACCCUACACAUAUUUUGACAGAUGUCUCGAUCACCCUUCAGCCAGAUGUAACGUAUGAGGAGGUUCCAGUGCGGAUAUUAGAUCACAAGGAACGUCAGCUGCGAAACAAGACAAUCCUAUUGGUCAAGGUUGGUUGGGGGCAUCAUUCAGAUGACGAGGCAACCUGGGAGCUGGAGGAUGAGAUCCGAGCGCGGUACCCACAGUUGUUUGAUGAAGGUAUGUAA